CAAAGCACACCGUGUGCUAGUGCUGCUGCCAGUGGUGCUGUGCCUCUUCAGCUGCUGCUGCUGGGGACUGUGUCGCAUAUAUUCCUUCAACUUGUCGUUUGUCAGCACCUGUUUGCCUUUGGCCAAGGACGGUGAGACGUCCAGCUUUGACUGUAACAACGUAUGUGCCUGAGAGUCUGACCCACGUCUGUUCAAUGGCUACCUCAGGCCCCACCUCUUCUGCCUCCAUCACUGCCACUGUGCCGGAGGGUUUCCACUAUGAAACCAAGUACAUUGUGCUCAACUAUCUAGGAAUGCUGCCUGUUAAUAGAUCACAGGCACGCAACACAGUUCAAGGAGAUGCUCUGAUUGACAGUGAGAGUAGCACAUUGACAAAAGGCCAUGAAGAAGAGCUGAGACAACUGGAAGAUGAAAUUGCUGCCUCUUGUUCCACAUCAGGCUUCGACCGGCACACAUCGCUGGUGUUUAACCCGACCGUCCCAGAGACCUCCGUAGAAGACUGCCUCGCUGCCGUGGGAGACCGGGUGGCCGUAGACCUCGACACACACCUGGCAGCAGCCGUACACACACUCCUCGAAAGGCCUCUGGACUACGAAAGAUUUAGAGAUGCGACGCGGGAUCUCUCGACAUACACAGAGGGAGGCUGGAGCAAGGUGCUCGUCCCUUUUGUGCUGCUCCAGGCUCUACAGAGCGAGGGGGAGUCGCUGCAAACUCUCUCACAGCUGGGGGUGCGCUUCUUAGAGGAGGACGAAGCAGGCUACAUCAUGCAGCAUGGGGGAUGGGGUGAAGUAUUCAACCUCGAGUCAGAGGACGAGCGAGGUUUGAUCAUCGCUGAAGACAGCAACGACAUUUACAUCCUCUCCGGGGACCAGCACCCUGACCAUCUGAGCCCCCCCUCCUCGCUGCUCUGCACCGGAGAGAUCAGCAGCGGGCAGAGCUUGUGGCAGACGGAAAGCUUACCCGCAUCUCUGGCCGGCCACGAGUCCUGGGCACAGGUCAGCGCCAUGGACCCCGAAGACGUGAAGAGCCUGGACAGCAACGAGGGCGCGGCGGCUCUGGCCGAGGAGCGCAGCGAGAACAACUCGUCGAACUCGGACAUUGUCCACGUGGAGCGCGAAGACGCCGAGCUGCUGGAGGACGUGGCAGCGAUAGACGAGAGCAUGAUGAGCAUCCUGGGCACGGAGAGCGACAUGGCCGAGCUCCGGGAGGAGUUCAGGGGCCAGACCCCCCCCGUCACAGAGUUGGCCGACAGUGACUCCACGGCCCCAGCCUCCCUGCUCUCAUUAGAGGAGCCGGUUGUCAUAGAGACACCUGCAAGCUUGUCCGCAGAGCCUUCCAUCAUCUCCUUAGAACCUGAGCUUCCUCCCCCCGUCACUGAAGCCCCCCCUCCCUCUGAGCCAGAAGCACCUUCAUCUGUUCCUGAGCCAGAACCAGAAGCUGCCCCAGUGCCUGCUGAGGUGGCCCCCCCAUCUCCAGCCAAGGAAACCCCGUUAUCAGAAGCAGAGCCGGAGCCUGUCGCAGUGCCUCCCCAGCCAGAGACUGAGGCCCCGCCCGCUGAGCCCCUGGUCCUGGAGCAUGCAUUGGCCCCUGUAGAAGCCCCGGUGGAGGAAACCCCAGAGCAGCCGGAGCCCGAAGCAGAGCCAGAAGCAGAGCUCUCGCUACUGCUGUACGGAGGCGCUGCGCUGGUGCUCGCUGCUGCCGUGGCCUACAGCUUCAUCAGCUACAGGAGGAAGUAGCACAUCUCAGGGGAGGAGAAUGAAAUUACAAGAUAAGGAAGAAAAAAAAGUAUUGGUACACACAUGGUGGGACUCUUCUUGCCAAGUGUGUUGGAUGCAUUAAAUGCGUUUUUUUGAAGGUUUAAGAUCUGUGAAAAUGACCCCCAGCAACAAAAGAAAACAUCUCAUCUGCAACCGUACUACUGGGAGUCCUGCUCCACAAACACAGCAGGAGGAACCCAUGCACUCCACUGUUCUCCUAUUUCUUUUUUCUCUCUUUAUUCCUUUUUGGUUAACUUCCAACUGUGUGUUGAAAUGCUCCAGCCUUUUAGAGCCACAGAUUGGAAAGUUUGUGAACUUUGAUCCCUCUUCUGCUAGUUUCUGUUUAGUCUGUGGCUCUUUCUUUGGAACCACUUGAGUCAGUGUACCUACUGAAAAUCCACGGACCACGCUUCCUUGAUGAAACCACAAACAUUUCCUGUUUUUCUGUGGGACUAAAGGUUUUCUGGCUUUCUCCCUUUCUAUGCAACAAAACAGCACUUACUAAUAUCUCCCCCCGUUGUCUGUGAUUCUGAUUCUUUCUCUCAUUCACACAACAAAUGCAUGACCUAUGGAGGAAACCAGUUAUUUGAUUUUACGUGUCGGUUUCACACACAGAACAGGCGCAUUAGGUUACAACUAUUGUUCCUCUUUACAUUCUGCAUAACGUAUGUGUAUGAUUUCACAGCAGGUUUUAAUUUCUGUGUAUUCAAACAUUAAAAAAUGUUGCCCUAGAAUUGAUGAACGUAUGGAACUGAUACAUCCAGCCUGUUCUGCCAUCAUUGGUAUGCACAUUUUAAUAUACUGUGAAGAUCCAAAACAAACUUGAAAACAGCAAGUAAUCUUAGUUCUUAUUGUAUUUCUACAGUAAGGGGUCAUCUAGUACUUUCUAAAGAUACCCCAGUCCUCGUGUGAACUGCACCUCAUUCUGUUAGCAUUCGCUAAAAAAGAAAAUGUCAGCCACUGUAGUACAUGGAUCCCGUCAUCCAAUCAUUGAAAUCGAUUUCAUGAUUGAAUUUGCUGAAUGGGCUACCACACUUCCUUAGACAAAAAAACACAUUUUCUCUGCAGUUUUUUUUACAUCUUUACUUUCUCCGAGCCCUUUUAGUCCUCAGUAUUCUUUACUAUUACUGCUCGUGAUGUAACUCUCUUAUGCCACAACUUUUAUUCACAAUUGCCCCUGUUGGGAAUGUACCAUUCCCACACCCUCCCUGUGUAGAAAAUGAGGUAUUAAAACAAAAAGGGGGUCCUUCAACAACACUAACCAGCAUUGUGGUUUUAUAUUUACAUAAAGAACGCUGUGAUAAAGAUUUGUUUUGGAAGUCAAAUUCAACCUCUUGGGUUACAAGAUGUGUUUGCCAUAUCAACCAGCUAAGGAGAGUUUUUAAACUAAAUGUGAACUGUUAGAGGGGAAUGUCCCCGGACCCCCCCAUAGUCUGUGUAGAGGAAAUGAGUUAUCUUGCACUUUGAGAACUUGUGUCAUUGAGUUGUGCAGUAUCACAUGAUUUUGGGGAUAUUAUGGUAAGUUGUAUCACUGAGAGCUUAUAAAAGGCUGCAAAAACAUGGUGCACAACAGAUACCAUCUUCUAUGAAAGGAUGUAUCCCUGUAAGUCAGUGGUAACCUUAGUAAUACUGAUGGCCUCAGACAAUGCCUGCUUCAAAGGGAAACUGUUAAAGUGCAGAGCAGGAUGGAUGUCCAACUCUUUGUACCUUCAGUUUCCUACAAUACACGGAUAUGAAAAUAAAACAAAACAUUUGAAAACCUA